AUGGCGGCGCCCAGCGCCGGGACGGCGGCGGCGGUCCCGGGGGGGAGUCCUCGCGGGGCGGUCCCGGUGACCCCCCGGCAUAUCAGGGACCUCAUCGGCCGCGGCAUCGCCGCCGGAGGCGCCGGGAAUGGCGGGAAGGACACAUCCGACCUGUCGGAAUCGGCCAACGGCUCUUCCCAGAUGGAGGAGAAUUCCUUGGAAUCUGCCAGCAGGGAAGCCUAUUUCAGCAGGGUGGAAACCUUCACCCCCCUGAAGUGGGCGGGCAAGCCGGCGGCCCUCUCCCCUCUGGAAUGUGCCCGCUGGGGCUGGAAAAACGUGGAAUGUGACCUCCUGAGGUGCUCCAGCUGCCGGGCCCUGCUCUGCGCCCGCCUCCAGCUCUCCCUGGAUCUCGGAACCUACCGGGAGCGCUGUGCGGAGCUGAGGAGGGCCCUGAGCGCGGCCCACGAGAGGUUCUGCUUCUGGCCAGACAGCCCCUGCCCAGGUGGGGCUGCUCAGCCACCCUCAUUCCCAGUUAGCCACCCUCAUUCCCAGUUAGCCAUCUUUAUUCCCUGCUCAGCCACCCUCAUUCCCAGUUAUCCACCUUUAUUCCCUGCUCAGCCACCCUCAUUCCCAGUUAUCCACCUUUAUUCCCUGCUCAGCCACCCUUCACGGGGGGCGUUGGAAGCUGCACUUCCAGGGAUUGGGAAGGGGCUUUCCCUCCACUCGGUGGGAGCGAAUCCCUGGAAUUCCCUCCGCGUUGCUCCGCAGUCGCUGUCGGAGGAGCGGAUCCGCCGCCUCCUGGAGCUCACCCAGGACGAGCUGGAAUCCGGCCGGGAAGGGGAGAAGCCCCCCGGGAAGUUUUCCAUGGAAAGCCCGCAGGGCCACGCCGUUCCCGCCUCCAUCCUGGCGCUCUGCGGCUGGAAUUGCAGUUCCGGCGGCUCCCUGACCCUGCCGGUGAUCUCCUGCUCCCGCUGCAUGAGGAAGGUGGGGCUCUGGAGCUUCCACCAGCUGGAAUCCUCCGCUCCAGAGCCGGAUUCCUGCGGCUCCUCCGGCAGCUGCGGCUUCCCGGCCGUGCCCACGUCGCCCCGCAGGAUCGUCACCCGCAGCCAGGACACGAUCCCGGCCGGAGCCGAGCAGCAGGAGAAGAGCCCAUCCCCAUCCAUCUCCCACCCACAGGGUUGGAAUUCUCACAACUCCGUGGACUGUGGUGUCCAGAGCAUCUCCAUAAUUCCCUGUUUUCCCCCCCUGGCAGCAGGAGAAGAGCCCAUCCCCAUCCAUCUCCCACCCACAGGCCUCUCGGAGAAGUCCUGCAAGGUGUUCCGCAUUUUCCGGCAGUGGGAGAGCCUGAACUCCUCCUGAACUCCUCCUGGAUUCCUCCUGGAUUCCUCCUGGAUUCCUCAGCCUCUGGAACCCCCAGGGGCUCCGUGGCGGAGAGAGAGACCCUCUUCCCAGCUCCGUGCCUCGGGAAGGGGAUCCCGAGGGAGCCAUCCCGGGA